AUGUCGCUGUUCGGCGAUGACGACUCGCCCUCGCGUACCAAGUCCUCCGGCCUCUUUGACGAGGUGCCCAAAGCCAAACAUAAAGGAGGCUCCGGUCUAUUCGCCGACGACUUAACUGGCUCGGAUGACUCUCCAUGGGAAUUUUCCUCACCCAAGAAGACCAUGCGUGGGAAUAUUGUCAAGAGCCUGCUACCUCAUUCAGCCGUUCCGGAGAGCUACAUCGGCGCGUUCGAUUCUUUGACAGCUACAGGACAUGGGAAAGAGAACAGCAUCAAACUAACUGUCGUCAGGGAUUUUCUCACUGAUAGCGAAGUGGACCCCAGUACUCAGGCUACGAUCCUGGAAAUCGUGACACGAGGGCAAGAUCUCGUAGCAUUGGACCGGAAUGAAUUCUACGUCGUUCUGGCUCUGAUUGGACUCGCACAAGAGGGAGAAGAUGUUACUUUAGACGGUGUGGAUGAGCGAAAGAACGAUCUACCACAACCCCUCCUACCCUUAUCCGAGCGACAAGAACAAGCCUCUCUUACCAAAGACCCGGAAACGCCAUCCACCUCCAUUUCUAAACGUCAACCUGAACGGGGCCAGACAAUGCGAAAACAAUCCUUCGGUUUUCCCGAGAAUGAUCCUUGGGCAUCCCCAGCUCUCCACAAAGGACACAAUCAUCAAGUGCCGGUUAGGAGUGAGUAUAAUAAUGGACUAGGGCUUCCCAGCGGUAUUUCACCGAUUCGUACCACAAGCAACUUCACUACACAUUCGAAUCAGCAGGAAAUUGAUUCCGUAGACAAUCAGGCAUCCGCUCCACGAAUAAGCACAGCGGGAGGAUGGAGUAGCUACGUGGCUCCUACAAGCGCUGAAUUUGCCAAUGAUAAUUUGGGUGGAGGGUUUGGAGAUCCUGGGGGUGAAGGGAACGGCCGUGGACCGCCCGGGAUUGGCGCAUCCCUGGGCGGUAGUACAAGAAUAGCCAGCACUGGAACGGAAGAGGUAGUCACGGUCACCGCAAUUCAAGAGAAGGAGGGCAUUUUCCUUUUCCAACAUAGGAACUACGAAGUCACAUCCGCACGGCGAAAUAGCAAAGUUGUCAGAAGAUACAGCGAUUUUGUUUGGUUGUUGGAUUGCCUCCAAAAGCGGUUCCCUUUCCGACAACUUCCUCUGCUACCACCUAAACGAGUCGCGAUCAACGGUAACCACCUUGCUGCAAAUGUAUCAUUUAUCGAAAAACGCCGAAGAGGAUUAGCUAGAUUUGCAAGUGCACUAGUUCGACACCCUGUUUUAUCUCAAGAGCAGCUCGUCGUAAUGUUUUUAACAGUCCCAACGGAACUUGCGGUAUGGCGCAAACAAGCUCAAAUAUCUGUACAAGAAGAGUUCACGGGGAAAUCUCUACCCUCAGGCUUAGAAGACUCUCUAUCGCCAACUCUUCCAGAAUUGUUUGACCAGAUUCGUUCCGGCAUAAAACGGUCUGCAGAGGUUUACAUAGAUCUCUGUAGCCUCGUAGAGCGCCUUGUCAAGCGUAACGAAGGUCUUGCAGCAGAUUAUUUGCGAAUAUCAAACGCACUAACGUUACUGACGGAGGCCUCCAACGACACAUACGCCACUGACACAAAUGACGUGCCGCUACUCAACAGCGGUAUCAGCUCGACGGCACGGUAUCUGACGAACAGUCGGUCUUUACUACACGAUGAAGCCCGGGCUUGGGACGAGGGCGUCCUUGAAGACCUGAAGAGACAAAGGGAUAGCUUGGUCAGCAUGCGAGACAUGUUCGAUCGACGAGAUAAAUAUGCGAAAGAUAACAUCUCACAGCUUGAGAAAAGAAUCAACGGAAACGAGUCCAAGCUCGCAAAUAUUCGAGCAAAACCCGACAAUCUCAUCAAACCUGGCGAAGCAGAGAAGGUUGAAGAAGCGAUUGUGCGAGACAAACAAUCGAUCGUAGAUCAGCACGCACGUGGGAUUCUCAUCAAGGAGUGUGUGAGAGACGAGAUAAUGUUCUUUUCAAAGUCUCAGUACCACAUCAGUAGACUACAUCAAGACUGGAGUCAGGAGAGAGUGAAAUACGCGGAGCUGCAGGCUGACAAUUGGCGGACGUUAAGUGAGGAAGUUGAAAACAUGCCACUUGGUGAUUAA